CAAGUUACCUAAGUGGCCUUUCUUGCUGGAUAGAAUGAUGUCAUGUCUCGGACAAUCGUCGUCGUCCACAAAUACCCAAUUGGAUGUGAACACACCGAUAUCAAGUGACCAAACGACUCCUUCAUCUGUCAACCUCACCAAAGAAUACGCCGUUGCUAUUCAGAGUGCCUCUUAUAGUGAAAUAUGGUCCAAGAUUCACUAUGAAGUCACCUCUUACCACGGGAAUGGAGAGGAAGAAUUGCAAGUAGAGGAGACAAUCCCUUCCCAAGCCCAGACUCCCACAGCUUCAGCAACAUGCAUAGCUCCUUCACUCAGCUCAAGCAUCAUCUUGACAUUCAUCUCCAAAAGUCCCGCUCGAAGGUACAACUUCUUCGUGGAGCCACCAAAGGAGCUGCCGUGUGUUUAAUUGUGACCACUGUUGGAGUAGUCAU